GCGCCACGACCUGAACCUAACAUCCCGAGCCCUCAGGCCUUCAGGCCUCACUGGGAACGUCGUUUCAACAGAUUCAUCAGAAUGUCCGACUAUUCAGAUUAUGAGUUGGAGCGUGAGGCGAACAUUGCCAAGAAUCGUGCUCUCCUGGCCGAUUUGGAUGUUACCGUCGAUCUACCACCAGUGAAGAAGCAGACGAAGACCGUACGCACGAGUGCAAAGCCUGUUCAACCUGCCAAGAGAACGAAACGCGAGAGGGAGGCUCCUGCUCCUGCGCGACAGUCGGCGCGUCUCAGGAAACCGGUCGUAGAUCCCAAUGAAAGUCCGGCGAAGAAGCGCAAGAGGGAGAAGGAAGAGGAAGAGAGACGGGCCAAGGAAGAAGAAGAGCGUCUCGAGGCUGAGGAGCAAGCUAGACAAGCGAAGAAGCCCCGCCACCAUGAAUUGGAUCUGCUGGAUGUCACUGAGGAGCUGGAUCCGACUGAACUAGCUGCCCUUAGAUCGACGUUCUCGACGGCCAUUCGGAAUACCCAUCCUAGACGCGUGGGAGGUCCAGACGAUGUAAAGGAUAAGGCAGCAAUAGCUGAGUUGCGAGAGAAACUGGGGAAGUUGAAGGUCGUAUCCCGUGCGAAGGUGACUCAAGAUCGGGUGUAUAGUGCAGCAUACCACCCGGACCCAACAAAGGACCUCAUUUUCUUCGGAGACAAGCACGGACAACUUGGGAUAUGGGACGCACAAGCACCAAGCGACGAGAUCGCAGACGCGGAUGGCGAGGUGUCUGUCGUGGCAGAUGAGAAAAGCGGGAAAAGCUGGAGAUUACAGGUCCAUUGGCCGGCGACAUCGCACUCAUCAAUAUCCAACAUCAAGUUUGACCCCACCGAUUCCCACAGCGUCUACACGAGUUCAUAUGACUGUACUGUGUUCUCCAUGGACGACGCGCUUAUCACCUGUAUUGACCUUCCUGUCACUGGGAGCGAAAUGUGGAUAUCAGAUGCGGAGGGCGGUCUGACGCACUUGGAUUUGCGAGAGGACAAGUCGAAGGCUCGCUGGUUCCAAGUGUCCAACGAGAAGGUUGGAAGUGUCAGCGUAAACCCUACCGCUCCGCAUUACCUGGUGACAGCGUCUAACAGCCGGGCGAUGAGGAUCUGGGAUACCCGCAAGCUACAGAACAUCGGAGGGGAUUCAGCAAGCGAGACAGAGAAUCCUAACGACUUCAACCAAAACAUUAUCGAAGAAUACCUCGGAUCGCCUAAAGGCAAGGGCUGCCUUCGUGCAGAUUGGCAGCAUGGGAAAUCCGUCAGCUCAGCGUACUGGGAUCCUAGUGGGAAAUCAGUCCUCAGUACCUGCUAUGAUGAUCUCCUUCGAUUGUGGGAAUUCAGUGGAUCUGUCCUCAAAUCCACGAGCACGUUCCCUUCGUCUCGACCAUCCAACCAGAUCAGGCACAGCUGCCAGACAGGAAGGUGGGUAACAGUGUUUAAGGCACAAUGGUCGCCCAAUCCAGACUACUACCCACAUUUUACCGUCGGGAACAUGGAACGUUCGCUGGACAUAUACUCCGGAAAGGGCGAGUUGGUAGCUCGACUGGCGGAUCGGACCAAGAUCUCUGCGGUCCAAGCCGUGACUUGCUCGCAUCCUAAUGUCCUCGAGCGUGUUGCAAGCGGCAAUGCCAGUGGCCGAUGCGUGCUGUGGGCACCGGCGGACAUGUAACUUCACUGCUUCGGUUUCUAUCUCCGUUAUUUGAGUACUUUAUUGGUGUUGUAUUGUCAUUAUUUGGUAUGUCGACUGGAGCAGGGAUUCGGAACGUACUCAUAUUGAAUACUAUGAUCUCGAAGCAUGCCUCACGAAGGCGUGGUACAGAGCUGGCUAAUAGAACAAGGA